UACACAACACUUGCAGGUCAAACUGAACCGUAGGCUCAGCUGCACGUGGAUAAAAUCUCCAAGCAAUCUCGCUAGGUUUGUAUAGUUUACUUUAAGUUACUCUUUGAACAUUAUCAAAUUUUUGGACGAUCAUUGGCUUUAAGAAUUCAAUGUUGCAUGAUGGUAUAUGAAUAUGUUAUUACAUUGACAGCAUGUCCUUCAACUUCCGGACGGUAUCUGGAAGUCUUCAUAAUUUUCCUGCACCAGUUUUGCAUGGUGAGAAACCUUCAUCAACACUUUCGGCAACAGUCCUGUUGGGAGAGGACGGCAAACCUGACUCGAGUAAAGUCUGCAAGGAGAAUGUGAUAAACACACCUGGGUGGGUUGCAGGUAAGCAAAUAAGUGUAGACUAUUAUGAUGUUGGAGUAAUUUCUUAAAGGUCCAAUUUUUUAUCUCAAUAUCAAAUCAUUUCUGGGUAACAAUUAAGUACCUUACUGUGAUUGUUUCCAAUGAAAAUGGUCAAAAAGAAACAACAAUUGCUUCUUAGCAAAGAGCAAUUUCUCAAGCAAUAAUUUUGCUAGGACUGUAUGGGAGUGCAGAAGGGAAAACUGAAAACUAGCUGUUAUUGGCAGAGAGGUUUAGAACUCUCUUUCUUAUUAGUCUAUUAACUAAUUUACUGCCUGAUGUCACCAGGCAGGCCAAAACUCCAUCCCACCCAAAAAGGCAAACAUUUCAGGCGGUCAUUUCAAACAGCUCUUACUCUAAAAAGGCAUUAUCAUCAUUUUCACAAUUUCACAGUACUAUUCCAACCUCAUAGUGUGGAAAUAUAUAUAAAACACAGGGAAAUCUGCACUGGGCCUUUAAUAGCCUAACAGGGAAAUCUGCACUGGGCCUUUAAUAGCCUAACAGGGAAAUCUGCACUGGGCCUUUAAUAGCCUAACAGGGAAAUCUGCACUGGGCCUUUAAUAGCCUAACAGGGAAAUCUGCACUGGGCCUUUAAUAGCCUAACAGGGAAAUCUGCACUGGGCCUUUAAUAGCCUAACAGGGAAAUCUGCACUGGACCUUUAAUAGCCUAACAAGGAAAUCUGCACUGGGCCUUUAAUAGCCUAACAGGGAAAUCUGCACUGGGCCUUUAAUAGCCUAACAGGGAAAUCUGCACUGGGCCUUUAAUAGCCUAACAGGGAAAUCUGCACUGGGCCUUUAAUAGCCUAACAGGGAAAUCUGCACUGGACCUUUAAUAGCCUAACAAGGAAAUCUGCACUGGGCCUUUAAUAGCCUAACAGGGAAAUCUGCACUGGGCCUUUAAUAGCCUAACAGGGAAAUCUGUACUGACUGCACUGGGCCUUUAAUAGCCUAUUGUGUGCUGUGAGACUCAUUGCCACUUUCCAGUAGACUUACCUGAACAUUCAUGAUUUUUACUGGUUUGCUCUUACAAUAUACUCUUUCGACUCUAGGCCUGCCAGGGGCAGAACAGUGGCAAAGUAAGAUGGAGUCCCCAUGGAGGGAGGUGGCAUGGACUGAGGAGUGAGUAGGGUAUUACACCAAUACAUUCAAACUUACCUAUGUACACCAACUAGGCCUACAAAACUAUCCACCAUGUAAUCAUAUUGAAUUGAUGAUGACCCAUGUUUACCCAGACGCAGGGAGACCCUGAUGGAGUCUAUCAGUUCAUAUAAGCCUGGUUGUGAGGCUGUGUCUGAGGCUCGGGUUCUGCUGCUGGGGCCUAUCGGAGCCGGCAAGUCCAGCUUCAUCAGCUCUGUUCAGUCAGUCUUCACAGGAAGAUUCACUAACCGGGCCAUGGUUGGCUCUUCCUCUGCCAGCUUCACUAAAAAGGUAGAGGUAAAAAUUUUUUUGAAAAUAUGUGAGAAACUGGGAGUAUUGGGGCUGGUUGAUAUAGAUAAAUUACAUGCAAAAUAAAGAUACUUGACUGGUUCAAAAUAUUGAGUUAAGUUACAAAAACUAUUAUUGUUAAUCAUUCCAUAUUUUUAAACCACAUAGUAUUUCCUAACACAUAUAAUUCUGUCUAUGUCCUCUGUCUUAGCUCCAGUUGUUCAACAUUCGUGGGCGGAAUCCAAAGCAGCCUACUGCGCUGGUCCUGUGUGAUGUCAUGGGUCUGGGAGAUGGGGAGACUGGACUAACCCUCCAUGAUACUCUGGCUAUCAUCAAAGGCCAUGCACCCGAGGGGCACAAGGUACGUGAGGGAGAACGGACACAGGUGCCACCGGUGUGUGUAAAACAGAGUGCAAGUAUUGGGAGUCAACGUUCAUAUAACUCAGAGUUUAGCAACGGGACACAGUGUGUGCCGGUUUUUGUUCCGUUUUAGCUCUAACACACCUGAUUCAACUAAUCACAGUCUGCAAUUUAGACCACUAUUAUGAAUUAGGUGAGUUAGUGCUGGGUUGGAACAUAAGCAUGCAGGCAGCCUCACAGGACAGGAGUUGCUCACCCCUGAUAUAAAUGUCUCUGUUUGGUAGAGAAUAUUCCAAUACUCUCUCAGCUGGUUGGUUUGAAUAACCAAGCUAAUGUUCUCAUUCCCAUUCAUCCUCUACAGUUCAGUCCUGAGCAACCUGUGAGAUCGGAGACUGUGGGCUAUGUGAAGAAGCCGUCCCUUAAAGACAAGGUCCACUGUGUCGUCUUUGUGGUGGAUGCUUCUAAAGUGUCCAGCUACACCAAAGGCCUAGGCACCACCUUCCAACAGCUCCGAGAACACAUCAGUGACCUGGGUGAGCACAAUAGGAAGUGUUUUAGCAAUGGCAGUAAUGGUUGUUGGAACUGUGGUCAAUUCUGUCAGUUGACAGUGUGUGAAACAAAUGUGUUUUGUAGGUGUGCAUCAAGUGGCACUGCUGACACACGUGGACCAGGUGUGUCAGGAAACCUCCCGUGACAUCACCCAGGUGUACAACAGCCGGAUCGUUCAGCAGACGGUACUCUCAAUAAUACCCCUUAUUGAUGUUAGUCAGCUAUUGGAAUAUCAGCUAUUGGAACAUCUGAAAUUUAACCUCCCUGUAUGUACAGUAGUUCUAGCGCAAAUAUGCAGGGGUAGGUUUAUGUAAGGGUUGGUGUGAGGUGUGACCCAGGUGCGGUGCCGGAUAGACAGUAGGCAGUAGGCAGAGACAAGGAUCUUUACUGGUGGUACCAAAGCCAGGAUACAAAAUAACGGACUUGUUACGAUAAAAUAAAGGAGGAGCAAAUUGGUCUCCAAAAACAGGCUGACAGCAAACAUACGAAAUACUAACUACGACUGAAACAACAAUGAAACAGGGAUAACACUUCUCAAGUACCUGUACAUACGUCUCGCGGUCAGACACUGAUUAGUACUGCUUGGCAUCGAGAAACUAGCAGAGAAAACUGAGCAAGGGAACACAGGGAAGUGAGGGCAUAAAUACACAGGUGAACAGGUAGACACAGGUGACACCAAUAGGAUAAUGAUUAAUCCAGACUGUGAGUGAGGAGGUGCCUAAGGUUGUCGGAGGAUGAACUGCAACCCCCUCCUGUAACAGGUUUAGGGCUAGGGUUACAAUUACGGUUAGGAUUAGUAUCAGGGUUAGGGUUACGUUAAAGGUUAGGGAAAAUAGGAUUUUGAAUAGGAAUCAAUUGUUUGGUAAUCACAAGUAUAGUAAAACAAAUGUGUGUGUGUGUGUGUGUGUGUGUGUGUGUGUGUGAGUGCGUGCGUGUGUGCGUGCGUGCGUGUGUGUGUGUGUGUAGAUUAAUAAGGCGGGGGCUCUGCUUGGCAUGUCCACCUCCUACAUCGUCCCGGUGAAGAACUACUCGUCUGAGCUGGACGUUGAUGAGAACACAGACAUCCUUCUGCUCAGUGCUGUGGACCACAUCCUGCAGUAUGUGGAUCUGCACUUCCAGGACUGUGCAGCAACAAUGCCUAACCUGUCUCUUUAAAAAGGCUGUGAAAUGCUGUGUAAUAUAAAAAUGUAUAACAUAUGUUUAUCAUGUUUUAUAACUUGCUUACACUAUUGUUAACUUGUUAACAGAUGUCUUGCUUUGAGUAAAACGAAUGUGUAAGAGCCAUUUUGAACUGUGUAUAAGUUGUCUGUCUAGGGAUGACUUAACCUGUUUUGUACACUAGGGGCACUCUCACAUGGGGUUAUGGGUCACUGACCACAUGUAUAUAGGUACAACGUGUUAGCUUAGCACAGGUGAGCAAGUAUGGUUAGCUGCAGCCCAAUAUGGUGAUCGGAGUAUGGGCGAGUGGGUGUGUCAAAAAGAGUGGGUGUAUGGAAAGUGAAUCAGCUAAUUGGGCAGAUUUGUUUUCACUCAAGACCGUUUUGCAUGGCUAAUUUGACUACACGACCAGUUGAUAAACCGGCAACGGCAACCAGUGCACCGGGUGUUGAAUCAUUGUGCCUGCCGACUUGAUGUGCUUCCUAUUUCGUGUCAAGGUUGUGUCGCUAACGUGACCAUUUCUUUCUCUCACAUUAUUUUAUUUCAAGUAGCAUAGCAACUUACACAAGAAAUAACUAAUAUUGAUAACCAUCUAGAUGUCACCUUGAUUCAUACAUACAGUCUACUACUCAAUGGGGAGGGCAUGAACGGCAACAACAAGGGUAGAGUGACGUUCGCUCCCGCUUGACAAUUACUACUGUCUGGCAACAGCGUGGGAAGUAGCUACCUAGUAGCCAAUAUCAGGGUGACAGCUGUACAUUCAUUCCAUGCAUGAAGUACACCCAUCAUCAAUACUAUUAAUUUUAAAAAAACAAUCAUCAGUUUUAUAACUGAAAAUGUACCAUUAUUUUUUGUGUGUAAAACUGACAGUGAAAAAUGACUCAGACUCAUCCUCUGUCUUAAAAACAAAGUCCAAACUCUCAUUGUAUGGUAGGUCAAUGUAAGGUGGUUGCAAGGUAAGAAAUGGAAGAAGAAAAAUACACAGCUCAAUGAAAAUAGUCUAACCCACGUGUCAAACUCAUUCCACGGACGGCCGAGUGUCUGCUGGUUUUCGCUCCACCUUUGUACUUGAUUGAUGAAUGAAGGUCACUAAUUAAUAAAGAACUCCCCUCACCUGGUUGUCUAUGUCUUAUUUGAAAGUUAAAACCAAAAACCCGCAGACACUAGGCCCUUCAUGGAAUGAGUUUGACACCCCUGGUCUAACCUAUAGCAGAGUGCUUUCGACUCACCAACUCCUUUCCACACGCCCAUUAUUUUCUUUCAACAUACCCACUCGCCCAUACCCCGGUCGCCAUUUUGGGAUGCAUCUACCCGCUUCUCCAGGUGAGGGACACGUACAACGGGGACAGGGUCACUCUUCCUGUCUACGGUGUCCCAUAAGGCCUUUCUGGAGAUAAACGAGGAGGCCACCACUGGCAUAGUGACCCUAGAGAUCCUAGUAAAUUUAAAUUGUAGUCAUUUAGCCGACGCUCUUAUCCAGAGCGACUUACAGGUAGUGCAUUCAUCUUAAGAUAGCUAGGUGGGACAACCACAUAUCACAUAUCCUCAAUAAAGUAGCUAUCAGCAAAGUCAGAGCUAGUAAGGGGGGGAAGCCAAUUGCGAGUGUUGGUUCACGAAAUACAUGUUAUUAUAUAUAUAUUUGAUUAGUAUUAUUAUUCCUAAGUCUAUGAUGGUGACGUUUUGUAUGAUCCGACUGGAAUGCUUCACGGCAGACCACCUUUUCCUCUUUUCUAUAGACACAAGACCAACUCCAUCCUCUUCCUCCACACGUUUUGCUCUCCUCUGUAAUAUAACUGUAGAGAGAAACUGAAUCCUUUAAGCGAUAUAAAAAAUUGCUAUUUGGGGAUUGAAGAGUGCUAGCUAGCUAUUAUCUUUAUCUGUUAAAAAUAAGCCUCCAAUCAUAAUUUAAAAUGUUGGGUGAUUUGAAUAAAUUCACUAUAAGAUAACAGUUUAUUUCCAUUUUGGUACAGUGAUAGAAACUUUAUUGGUGUAAGAGUGUGAAUUGGAGUUGAUGAUCAUUGAUUAGUAAUGUCUGGCCUGUGUCUAUAAAUUCCUGUGUGUCAAGUGAAAUGAUUGAGAUGGGGGUUGGUUCUAGAGAAUAAAGACAUGUUUUGUAAAACUCCUGUCUGGUCUUAACUUUCCUAUAGUUGACGUUCCAAUCUCCGAACCCUCUAAACGGAGUGUUAUAUUGGCAUUGAAAAAUAUAAUCUUUUUUUAAACUUACAGGCCUAAGCAAGCACCCUGGACUACACCAAGUAAUAUGAACAUAUUCAAUCAAGCAAACCACUAUAUAAUGUAACAGGGCAUCAUCUGGUAAAUUCCAUAAUAAAUAACCUAAUUUCACUUAUAGUACGUCUUUCACAAUACAUGAAAAUCAUUGCACAUCCUGUUGUGUUCUAAUCAAUGCAUUAUGUUUUCAGAUAGUCCCGAUAUCAUCUCUGUUCCUAUUAGAUGAGUUUGCUAAUGGUGAGCCCAGCAGCAGAGGGAAAUUGGUGUCUUGCUGAAAAUGUGUUGCAUCAAUUUAGUAUUUCAAGCAAUAGGCCUAAGUGUAGCCUCAGUAUGUCAGUGUACAGCCUCUUCCAAGAGGUCUGGACUUAUUAAGCAUGAGUGGUAGUGAGCUAUCCCUGUAACAGCAGGGUUGCAAGUUGGUGCAGUUUGAGCACUUCCCCUUCAAUUGCUACACUGGCAGCAACGGUGGGAUAAUCCUCCUGUAGUCUCUCAUUCUCAUGCCUUUGAUGGAAGUGUGAGGUCUGGAACUUUAUGGCACAGAUUGCCCUGAAACGAGAAAGAUCGCUGGUUCAAACACUGUUCUAAUUACUACACAAGUAGCCUACACUGAAACUCGGAUAUACACUUAUUAUAAUUAUUCUAUAGCCUAAGUCUAUGCUGAGUAGGCUGUGCUUAUGCUGAACACAGCUAUACUGGUAUGAAACACUGUCCCUGUAGCCAUACUGGGCUCGAACGAGUGAUCCUCUACUUUGCAACACAAGUGACCACCCUCCUUGACAACGUAUCAACUGUUUGAGGUAUACAAAAGGUACCAAUUGGGUAGCUCCAUCAGCAACAUUUCAAGCUAGCUGUGGAGUGAGCUUACGGCACGUUCUUAACUCUGUUACACAAGGAGUACUGGCACCGGAAGGGGCCCGCCCUCCCUGGCUCCCCUUGAGCCUGUGUAGGGAUAUGAUAUGAUUAGGUUUUUAACAGAAAAGUAGGUUGAUUUAGUUUUAUUUUAUUGGUAGUUUGUAUGAUGUUUUGUCUUCUUCCCCACAUUGAAACUGUUUUGGACAUAUUGUUAACAUCCCGCUCAGUAGGUGGCGGCAUGCACAUUACAUUUGUGCGUGCCAGAGAAGAAGAAGAACUUCCUAUCUUUCGUUUCCUCAUAACAGACACACCCCACAGACACACUUCUCUACUGAGAAGCAGAUAGGUAAUGCUUGCAUGUUAAACUGAACUCAGCUGGGUCAGCGAUAAAAUCUCCAAGCAAACUUCUCACUACUGUUUUGCAUUAUUUAGGCUACUUUAAGUAAGUAAGUAGCUAAGUAAAUUAGGUUCUUCUUUGAACCCUAUCUGAUUUUAGGAUGACUGUAAUUGGCACAACAUUUUUGAAAGUUGUGAUAAAUGAUUGAAUAUGUUAUUACAUUGACAGCAUGUCCUUCGGCGGCUUCAUGCAACCUGUUAAGGUAGGCCUAACUGAGAUUUCUGCACCAGUUUUUGGUGGGGGUACAUCUUUCUCAGUAUUACCGUUAGUCUCUGAAAUCCCAGUGACUACAUCGGCAGGGGACGACAAAUCCAAGUCCAGGAGGAGAAUGACAAAAAACUCUGAGGAGAAUGGGAUAAACUCAUCUGGGGGUUUUGCAGGUAAGCAAAAUAACAGCAUAGACUAUCAUGAUGCCGGAGUAAUUUCAAAAUAGCGUAUUGUGUGCUGUUUAAUUGCCACUUUCCAGUAGACUAGACUUACCUAAACAUUCAUGAUGUUCACUAGUUUGCUCUUACACUAUACUCUAUCGACUCUAGGCCUGCCAGGGGCAGAACAGUGGCAAAGUAAGAUGGAGACCCCAUGGAGGGAGGUGGCAUGGACUGAGGAGUGAGUAGGCUAUCACACCAAUAAACUCAAACGUACCUAUGUACACCUAAUAAGGUACUAAACACAUGGGUAGACAAUGCUAUGUUUCCUACCCGGUCGGAAGACAGUGACAAACAUAACACGCAGCACCCCUUCUACGGGCAUGUGUGGGGAGGGUUCUUGAAAUGUAACAUUCAAUAAAAAUGUAGCUGCUGGAAGUUACCAGACCAUUCUAGACGUUUUGACUAAUACAAAAUUCUCCAUACCUCCAAAAGAGUCGUGACAUAACAACAGGAUUUGGAGGCAUGGCUACGUGAGACUACAUCUGGUGUAAUCAAAAUUAAUUUAAAAUGAGCCAUGUUUACCCAGUCGCAGGGAGACCCUGAUGGAGUCUAUCAGUUCAUAUAAGCCUGGUUGUGAGGCUGUGUCUGAGGCUCGGGUUCUGCUGCUGGGGCCUGUCGGAGCCGGCAAGUCCAGCUUCAUCAGCUCUGUUCAGUCAGUCUUCACAGGAAGAGUCACUAACCGGGCCAUGGUUGGCUCUUCCUCUGCCAGCUUCACCAAAAAGGUAGAGGUAAAAAACAACAAAGUAUUUGAGUUUGUGAGAAACUGGGAGUUUUGGGGCUGGUUGAUAUAGAUAAAUUACAUGCAAAAUAAAGAUACUUGACUGGUUCAAAAUAUUGAGUUAAGUUACAAAAACUAUUAUUGUUAAUCAUUCCAUAUUGUAAACCACAUAGUAUUUCCUAACACAUAUAAUUCUGUCUAUGUCCUCUGUCUUAGCUCCAGUUGUUCAACAUUCGUGGGCGGAAUCCAAAGCAGCCUACUGCGCUGGUCCUGUGUGAUGUCAUGGGUCUGGGAGAUGGUGAGACCGCUGGACUAACCCUCCAUGAUACUCUGGCUAUCAUCAAAGGCCAUGCACCCGAGGGGCACAAGGUACGUGAGGGAGAACGGACACAGGUGCCACCGGUGUGUGUAAAACAGAGUGCAAGUAUUGGGGGUCAACGUUCAUAUAACUCAGAGUUUAGCAACGGGGCACAGUGUGUGCCGGUUUUUGUUCCGUUUUAGCUCUAACACACCUGAUUCAACUAAUCACAGUCUGCAAUUUAGACCACUAUUAUGAAUCAGGUGAGUUAGUGCUGGGUUGGAACAUAUGCAUGCAGGCAGCCUCACAGGACAGGAGUUGCUCACCCCUGAUAUAAAUGUCUCUGUUUGGUAGAGAAUAUUCCAAUACUCUCUCAGCUGGUUGGUUUGAAUAACCAAGCUAAUGUUCUCAUUCCCAUUCAUCCUCUACAGUUCAGUCCUGAGCAACCUGUGAGAUCGGAGACUGUGGGCUAUGUGAAGAAGCCGUCCCUUAAAGACAAGGUCCACUGUGUCGUCUUUGUGGUGGAUGCUUCUAAAGUGUCCAGCUACACCAAAGGCCUAGGCGCCACCUUCCAACAGCUCCGAGAACACAUCAGUGACCUGGGUGAGCACAAUAGGAAGUGUUUUAGCAAUGGCAGUAAUGGUUGUUGGAACUGUGGUCAAUUCUGUCAGUUGACAGUGUGUGAAACAAAUGUGUUUUGUAGGUGUGCAUCAAGUGGCACUGCUGACACACGUGGACCAGGUGUGUCAGGAAACCUCCCGUGACAUCACCCAGGUGUACAACAGCCGGAUCGUUCAGCAGACGGUACUCUCAAUAAUACCCCUUAUUGAUGUUAGUCAGCAAUUGGAAUAUCAGCUAUUGGAACAUCUGAAAUUUAACCUCCCUGUAUGUACAGUAGUUCUAGCGCAAAUAUGCAGGGGUAGGUUUAUGUAAGGGUUGGUGUGAGGUGUGACCCAGGUGCGGUGCCGGAUAGACAGUAGGCAGCAGGCAGAGAUGGUGAAACAAGGAUCUUUACUGGUGGUACCAAAGCCAGGAUAAAAAAUAACGGACUUGUUACGAUAAAAUAAAGGAGGCGCAAAUUGCUCCAAAAACAGGCUGACAGCAAACAUACAUUUACAUUUACGUCAUUUAGCAGACGCUCUUAUCCAGAGCGACUUACAAAUUGGUGCAUUCACCCUAUAGCCAGUGGGAUAACCACUUUACAAUAUUUUUUAAUAAAAUAAAAAAUAAAAAAAUAGGGGGGGGGGGGGGUAGAAGGAUUACUUUAUCCUAUCCCAGGUAUUCCUUAAAGAGGUGGGGUUUCAAAUGUCUCCGGAAGGUGGUGAGUGACUCCGCUGUCCUGGCGUCGUGAGGGAGCUUGUUCCACCAUUGGGGUGCCAGAGCAGCGAACAGUUUUGACUGGGCUGAGCGGGAACUAUGCUUCCGCAGAGGAAGGGGAGCCAGCAGGCCAGAGGUGGAUGAACGCAAUGCCCUCGGUUGGGUGUAGGGACUGAUCAGAGCCUGAAGGUACAGAGGUGCCGAUCCCCUCACAGCUCCAUAGGCAAGCACCAUGGUCUUGUAACAGAUGCGAGCUUCAACUGGAAGCCAGUGGAGUGUGCGGAGGAGCGUGGUGACGUGAGAGAACUUGGGAAGGUUGAACACCAGACGGGCUGCGGCAUUCUGGAUGAGUUGUAGGGGUUUAAUGGCACAGGCAGGGAGCCCAGCCAACAGCGAGUUGCAGUAAUCCAGACGGGAGAUGACAAGUGCCUGGAUUAGGACCUGUGCCGCUUCCUGUGUAAGGCAGGGUCGUACUCUCCGAAUGUUGUAGAGCAUGAACCUGCAGGAUCGGGUCACCGCCUUGAUGUUAGCGGAGAACGACAGGGUGUUGUCCAGGGUCACGCCAAGGCUCUUCGCACUCUGGGAGGAGGACACAACGGAGUUGUCAACCAUGAUGGCGAGAUCAUGGAACGGGCAGUCCUUCCCCGGGAGGAAGAGCAGCUCCGUCUUGCCAAGGUUCAGCUUGAGGUGGUGAUCCGUCAUCCAUACUGAUAUGUCUGCCAGACAUGCAGAGAUGCGAUUCGCCACCUGGUUAUCAGAAGUGGUUAUACGAAAUACUAACUACGACUGAAACAACAAUGAAACAGGGAUAACACUUCUCAAGUACCUGUACAUACGUCUCGCGGUCAGACACUGAUUAGUACUGUUUGGCAUUGAGAAACUAGCAGAGAAAACUGAGCAAGGGAACACAGGGAAGUGAGGGCAUAAAUACACAGGUGAACAGGUAGACACAGGUGACACCAAUAGGAUAAUGAUUAAUCCAGACUGUGAGUAAGGAGGUGCCUAAGGUUGUCGGAGGAUGACACCUAGUGGGUCGCUCCGGAACUGCGACACCCCUCCUGUAACAGUGCCCCCGGAAGGCAGGUGGCGCCGAGGCAGGUGGCGAAGCCUUCCAGAACCUGGAGGCGAACUGAGGGCCCCGAUCCGACACCACAUCUUGGGGAAGGCCGUGGACCCGGAAAACGUGCUGCAACACCAAUUUAGCCAUCUCCCGGGCCGACAGGAAUUUGAGAACGGGAAUGAAGUGGGCAGCCUUCGAAAACCGGUCCACAACGACCAGGAUGACUGUGUAUCCAUCAGAGCGGGGUAGGGUGGAAAUGAAAUCCAGCGAGAUGUGGGACCAGGGGCGCUUGGGGAUAGGCAGGGGUCGGAGCACCCCUGCUGCGGGCUGAUGUGAGCUCUACGUGCGCACACACACCGGGCAAGCUGUAGCGCUGCUCUGACCAGCCUAUCGAUUCCCCAUGAAACUGGGGUAGCAAUCAGGGCGUUGGGGACAAUGGGGUCGUCCCUCUCAACCAGGUCCACGGUAUGAGAUCGUGAACCGGAACCUGGUGAAGAACAAUGCCCACCUGGCCUGGCGCGAGUUGAGCCUCUUGGCCCCCUGAAUGUAGGCUAAGUUCCUAUGGUCAGUCCAUACGACAAAUGGAUGGGCGGCCCCCUCUAGCCAAUGCCUCCACUCCCCCAGGGCGAGCUUGACCGCUAGCAGCUCACGGUUCCCCACGUCGUAAUUCAGCGUCGCCGGGGACAGCCGACGGGAGUAAAACGUGCAGGGGUGAGUCUUACCGUCCGUGAGGAACCGCUGGGACAGGAUUGCUCCCACCGCAACGUCUGAAGCAUCCACCUCCACAAUGAACGGCAGGGACGUAUCAGGAUGCCCUAGGACAGGGGCUGAUGUAAAGUGCUGCUUAAGCGCAUUAAAUGCAUUCCCCGCUUCCGGGCUCCAGGCGAAGGAGCGCAUGCUCGUCUGGGUGAUGGCUGUCAGGGGAGCGGCUAGGGAGAUAAAAUUGCAAAUCAAUCGGCUAUAAAAAUUAGCAAACCCUAAAAAAACGUCGUAGUUGCUUGAGGGAGGAGGGCUGGGGCCAAUCCAGUUCUGCGCUUACCAUGGCUGGGCCCAUCCGUAGGUCCCCCUGGGUGACGAUGAACCCCAGGAUGGAGACUGUCUCUGUGUGGCACAUGCACUUCUCCGCCUUGACGUAGAGCUGGUGACGGAGAAGGUGUUGGAGGACCUGCCGAACGAGCUGCUGGUGUUAACUCAUGUCUUUUGAAAAUAUUGGGAUGUCAUCCAAAAAUACACGAAGACGCUGUAGUCGAGGAGGUCCCGGAGCACGUCAUUGACCAAUGCCUGGAACACCGCAGGCGCAUUGGCUAGACCGAACGGCAUGACUUGGUACUCGUAAUGCCCACUGGGUGUGUUAAAAGCGUCUUCAACUUGUCCCCCUCCCAAAUCCUCACCAGGUUGUAGGCAUUUCGUAAGUCCAGCUUGGUGAAGACCCGGGCUCCCUGCAAUGACUCGAAUGCCGUCGUCAUUAGGGGGAGAGGUUAGCGGUUCUUAACCGUGAUGUCGUUGAGCGCCCGGUAAUCAAUGCACGGCCGCUGCCCACCGUUCUUUUUCCCCCGAAGUAGAAGCCCGCGCCCGCAGGUGAGGUAGAGGGACGGAUGUGACCCUCGACGAAUGCCUCGUCGAUAUACUCCCUCAUGGCCAGCGUCUCCGGCCGGGACAAGGAAAACAAUCGCCCUCGUGUGGGCAUGGCACCCGGCAGGAGAUCGAUAGUGCAGUCGUAUGGCCUGUGAGGAGGUAGGAACUGGCUCAGAGAGGGAGGGUAACGGAACGCUCCACCCUUGGGCCAGCUUGGGACGCGAGUCCAUCAGGUUGCCCACGGCCCCCGAAUCCACCAAUGCAUGUGCCAGACGCGCAUUGUGCACCGCGGGCCCACUGAACCCUGACGGGGAGAAAAGUCAGGGAGUCUCUGGAGUUGGGCUCCCGUUUCCUGGCUUCUCCGGGCAUGAAUCGUAGUGGUGACCUGCCUGGUCGCAGUACAGGCAACGUCCCUGGCGCAGACGCCUCUGCUUCUCCAUCCUGGACAAGCGCGCCUUGCGUCAUUCCUCUCUCGUGCGCCCUCUCACGACGCUGAUUGUCUACCCGCACCGAGAGGUCGACGAGGCCAUCCAGUUGCUCAGGCAGCUCCCUGAAGGAGAGUCCUUCAUCCCCUCCGAUAGCCCCUGCGCGUAAAGGACGACCAAGACAGCCUCCUCCAUCCUGCCUUUCGAGCCCGGGUCCGGACCUCCAUGGAGUAGUCUGCCACCGAACGGUCACCCACCCGAAAGGCCGUGAGCCGCCUCCCGACCUCGUGCCCCGACACCACCCGAGAGGUGUCGAACACCUUGCAUAGCUCCCAGGUGAAUUGGUAGGAGUCGGAGCAAGCCAGAGUUUGGCUCUCCCACUACGCAGUAGCCCAGGAAAGGGCCCGACCAUCAACAGAGUGAUAAUGUAGGCCACCCGGCCCUGCUCCGUCGGGAAGGAGGAGGGUUGUAGGCUGAAUACCAGGGAACACUGGGUGAGGAAUUCCCUGCAGCCCUCUGGACGUCCGUCGUACCUCUCCGGAGGUGGUAGGCGGGGUUCCCGCGAUGUCACAGGCGAGACUGGAGACGCCGCUGCCGCGGCUUCCGCUCUGCUGGCUGCCGGAGCUGGUCGGGUGUCCACCCGGCUCAGCACGGCAAUCGUCAGCAGGCGGAGAUUCUCGUGAUCUGCUGCAGGGUGCAGUCGUGCUGGUUCAGCAUAGCUCCCUGCGUGCUGCCUCUGCUGGGUCCAUAUUGGCUCAGUUUUCUGUAAGGGUUGGUGUGAAGUGUGACCCAGGUGCGGUGCCGGAGAGACAGUAGGCAGUAGGCAGAGACAAGGAUCUUUACUGGUGGUUCCAAAGCCAGGAUACAAAAUAACGGACUUGUUACGGUAAAAUAAAGGAGGAGCAAAUUGGUCUCCAAAAACAGGCUGACAGCAAACAUACGAAAUACUAACUACGACUGAAACAACAAUGAAACAGGGAUAACAUUUCUCAAGUACCUGUACAUACGUCUCGCGGUCAGACACUGAUUAGUUCCAGGUCUCAGGCAGCCUCUGGAACUGCCGUUCUGCUGCCAACAAAGCUGACUUCAUCCCAGCCUAUGCUAAUCUCCAGUCCCUCGACUUCCUGGCGCUGACGGAAACAUGGAUUACCACUGAAAACACUAAUACUCCUACUGCUCUCUCCUCGUCUGACCAUGUGUUCUCGCAUACCCCGAGAGCAUCUGGUCAGAGGGGUGGUGGCACAGGAAUCCUCAUCUCUCCCAAGUGGACAUUCUCAAUUUUUCCCCUAACCCAUCUGUUUAUCUCCUCAUUUGAAUUCCAUGCUGUCACAGUCACUAGCCCAUUUAAGCUUAAUAUCCUUGUCAUCUAUCGCCCUCCAGGUUCCCUUGGAGAGUUCAUCAAUGAGCUUGACGCCUUGAUAAGUUCCUUUCCUGAGGAUGGCUCACCCCUCACAGUUUUGGGGGAUUUCAACCUCCCUAUGUCCACAUUUGACUCAUUUCUCUCUGCCUCCUUCUUUCCACUUCUCUCCUCUUUUGACCUCACCCUCUCACCAUCCCCCCCUACUCACAAGGCAGGCAAUACGCUUGACCUCAUCUUUACCAGAUGCUGCUCUUCUACUAAUCUCACUGCAACUCCCCUCCAUGUCUCCGACCACUACUUUGUUUCCUUUUCUCUCUCGCUCUCCUCCCACACUACUCACUCUGCCCCUACACAGAUGGUAAUGCGCCGCCGCAACCUUCGCUCUCUCUCUCCCACUACUCUCUCCUCUUCCAUCCUAUCAUCUCUUCCCUCUGCUCAAUCCUUCUCCCUCCAAUCUCCUGAUUCUGCCUCCUCAACCCUCCUCUCCUCCCUUUCUGCAUCCUUUGACUCUCUGUGUCCCCUAUCCUCCCGGCCGGCUCGGUCCUCCCCUCCAGCUCCGUGGCUUGAUGACUCAUUGCGAGCUCACAGAACAGAGCUCCGGGCAGCGGAGCGGAAAUGGAAGAAAACUAAACUCCCUGCCGACCUGGCAUCUUUUCACUCCCUCCUCUCUACAUUUUCUUCAUCUGUUUCUGCUGCUAAGGCCACUUUCUACCACUCUAAAUUCCAAGCAUCUGCCUCUAACCCUAGGAAGCUCUUUGCCACAUUUUCCUCCCUCCUGAAUCCUCCCCCCCCCCGCCCCCCCCCCUCCUCUCUCUCUGUGGAUGACUUCGUCAACCACUUUGAAAAGAAGGUUGACGACAUUCGAUCCUCGUUUGUUAAGUCUAAUGACACUGCUGGUCCUACUCACACUGCCCUACCCUAUGCUUUGACUUCUUUCUCCCCUCUCUCUCCAGAUAAAAUCCUGCGACUUGUGACUGCAGGCCGCCCAACAACCUGCCCGCUUGACCCAAUCCCCUCCUCUCUUCUCCAGACCAUCUCCGGUGACCUUCUCCCCUACCUCACCUCGCUGAUCAACUCAUCCUUGACCGCUGGCCAUGUCCCUUCCGUCUUCAAGAGAGCGAGAGUUGCUCCCCUUCUCAAAAAACCAACACUCGAUCCCACUGAUGUCAACAACUACAGACCAGUAUCCCUUCUUUCUUUUCUUUCCAAAACUAUUGAGCGUGCCGUCUUUAGCCAACUCUCUUGCUAUCUCUCUCAGAAUGACCUUCUUGAUCCAAACCAGUCAGGUUUCAGGACCGGUCAUUCAACUGAGACUGCUCUUCUCUGUGUCACGGAGGCUCUCCGCACUGCUAAAGCUAACUCUCUCUCCUCUGCUCUUGUCCUUCUAGACCUGUCUGCUGCCUUUGAUACUGUGAACCAUCAGAUCCUCCUCUCCACCCUCUCCGAGCUGGGCAUCUCCGGCGCGGCUCACUCCUGGAUUGCGUCCUACCUGACCGGUCGCUCCUACCAAGUGGCGUGGCGAGAAGCUGUCUCCGCACCACGUGCUCUCACCACUGGUGUCCCCCAGGGCUCAGUUCUAGGCCCUCUCCUUUUCUCCCUAUACACCAAGUCACUUGGCUCUGUCAUAUCCUCACAUGGCCUCUCCUAUCAUUGCUACGCUGACGAUACACAACUAAUCUUCUCCUUUCCCCCUUCUGAUAACCAGGUGGUGAAUCGCAUCUCUGCAUGUCUGGCAGACAUAUCAGUAUGGAUGACGGAUCACCACCUCAAGCUGAACCCUGGCAAGACGGAGCUGCUCUUCCUCCCGGGGAAGGACUGCCCGUUCCAUGAUCUCGCCAUCACGGUUGACAACUCCGCUGUGUCCUCCUCCCAGAGUGCGAAGAGCCUAGGCGUGACCCUGGACAACACCCUGUCAUUCUCCGCCAACAUCUAGGCGGUGACCCGCUCCUGCAGGUUCAUGCUCUACAACAUUCGGAGAGUACGACCCUGCCUUACACAGGAAGCGGCUCAGGUCCUAAUCCAGUCACUUGUCAUCUCCCGUCUGGACUACUGCAACUCGCUGUUGGCUGGCCUCCCUGCCUGUGCCAUUAAACCCCUACAACUCAUCCAGAAUGCCGCAGCCCGUCUGGUGUUCAACCUUCCCAAGUUCUCUCACGUCACCCCCCUCCUCCGCACACUCCACUGGCUUCCAGUUGAAGCUCGCAUCCGCUACAAGACCAUGGUGCUUGCCUAUGGAGCAGUGAGGGGAACGGCACCUCUGUACCUUCGGGCUCUGAUCAGUCCCUACACCCAAACGAGGGCAUUGCGUUCAUCCACCUCUGGCCUGCUGGCUCCCCUUCCUCUGCGGAAGCAUAGUUCCCGCUCAGCCCAGUCAAAACUGUUCACUGCUCUGGCACCCCAAUGGUGGAACAAGCUCCCUCACGACGCCAGGACAGCGGAGUCACUCACCACCUUCCGGAGACAUUUGAAACCCCACCUCUUUAAGGUAUACCUGGGAUAGGAUAAAGUAAUCCUUCUACCCCCCCCCCCCCCAAAAAAAAUUUUUGUAAAGUGAUUAUCCCACUGGCUAUAGGGUGAACGCACCAAUUGGUGAGUCGCUCUGGAUAAGAGCGUCUGCUAAAUGACGUAAAUGUGCCCUUGAGCAAGGCACUUAACCCUAAUUGCUCCUGUAAGUCGCUCUGGAUAAGAGCGUCUGCUAAAUGACUAAAAUGUAAUGUAAUGUAAUGAUUAGUACUGCUUGGCAUCGAGAAACUAGCAGAGAAAACUGAGCAAGGGAACACAGGGAAGUGAGGGCAUAAAUACACAGGUGAACAGGUAGACACAGGUGACACCAAUAGGAUAAUGAUUAAUCCAGACUGUGAGUGAGGAGGUGCCUAAGGUUGUCGGAGGAUGAACUGCAACCCCCUCCUGUAACAGGUUUAGGGCUAGGGUUACAAUUACGGUUAGGAUUAGUAUCAGGGUUAGGGUUACGUUAAAGGUUAGGGAAAAUAGGAUUUUGAAUAGGAAUCAAUUGUUUGGUCCUCACAAGUAUAGUAAAACAAAUGUGUGUGUGUGUGUGUGUGUGUGUGUGUGUGUGUGUGUGUGUGUGUGUGUGUGUGUAGAUUAAUAAGGCGGGGGCUCUGCUUGGCAUGUCCACCUCCUACAUCGUCCCGGUGAAGAACUACUCGUCUGAGCUGGACGUUGAUGAGAACACAGACAUCCUUCUGCUCAGUGCUGUGGACCACAUCCUGCAGUAUGUGGAUCUGCACUUCCAGGACUGUGCAGCAACAAUGCCUAACCUGUCUCUUUAAAAAGGCUGUGAAAUGCUGUGUAAUAUAAAAAUGUAUAACAUAUGUUUAUCAUGUUUUAUAACUUGCUUACACUAUUGUUAAUUUGUUAACAGAUGUCUUGCUUUGAGUAAAACGAAUGUGUAAGAGCCAUUUUGAACUGUAUAUAAGUUGUCUGUCUAGGGAUGUCUUAACCUGUUUUGUACACUAGGGGCACUCUCACAUGGGGUUAUGGGUCACUGGCCACAUGUAUAUAGGUACAACGUGUUAGCUUAGCACAGGUGAGCAAGUAUGGUUAGCUGCAGCCCAAUAUGGUGACCGGAGUAUGGGCGAGUGGGUGUGUCAAAAAGAGUGGGUGUAUGGAAAGUGAAUCAGCUAAUUGGGCAGAUUUGUUUUCACUCAAGACAGUUUUGCGUGGCUAAUUUGACUACACGACCAGUUGAUAAACCGGCAACGGCAACCAGUGCACCGGGUGUUGAAUCAUUGUGCCUGCCGACUUGAUGUGCUUCCUACUUGGUGUCAAGGUUGUGUCGCUAACGUGACCAUUUCUUUCUCUCACAUUAUUUUAUUUCAAGUAGCAUAGCAAAUUACACAAGAAAUAACUAAUAUUGAUAACCAUCUAGAUGUCACCUUGAUUCAUACAUACAGUCUACUACUCAAUGGGGAGGGCAUGAACGGCAACAACAAGGGUAGAGUGACGUUCGCUCCCGCUUGACAAUUACUACUGUCUGGCAACAGCGUGGGAAGUAGCUACCUAGUAGCCAAUAUCAGGGUGACAGCUGUACAUGCAUUCCAUGCAUGAAGUACACCCAUCAUCAAUACUUUUAAUUUAAAAAAAAUCAAUCAUCAGUUUUAUAACUGAAAAUGUACCAUUAUUUUUUGUGUGUACAACUGACAGUGAAAAAUGACUCGGACUCAUCCUCUGGCUUAAAAACAAAGUCCAAACUCUCACUGUAUCGUAGGUCAAUGUAAGGUGGUUGCAAGGUAAGAAAUGGAAGAAGAAAAAUACACAGCUCAAUGAAAAUAGUCUAACCCACGUGUCAAACUCAUUCCACGGACGGCCGAGUGUCUGCUGGUUUUCGCUCCUCCUUUGUACUUGAUUGAUGAAUGAAGGUCACUAAUUAAUAAAGAACUCCCCUCACCUGGUUGUCUAUGUCUUAUUUGAAAGUUAAAACCAAAAACCCGCAGACACUAGGCCCUUCAUGGAAUGAGUUUGACACCCCUGGUCUAACCUAUAGUAGAGUGCUUUCGACUCACCAACUCCUUUCCACACGCCCAUUAUUUUCUUUCAACAUACCCACUCGCCCAUACCCCGGUCGCCAUUUUGGGAUGCAUCUACCCGCUUCUCCAGGUGAGGGACACAUUCAACGGGGACAGGGUCACUCUUCCUGUCUACGGUGGCCCAUAAGGCCUUUCUGGAGAUAAACGAGGAGGCCACCACUGGCAUAGUGACCCUAGAGAUCCUAGUAAAUUUACAUUGUAGUCAUUUAGCCGACGCUCUUAUCCAGAGCGACUUACAGUUAGUGCAUUCAUCUUAAGAUAGCUAGGUGGGACAACCACAUAUCACAUAUCCUCAAUAAAGUAGCUAUCAGCAAAGUCAGAGCUAGUAAAGGGGGGAAGCCAAUUGCGAGUGUUGGUUCACGAAAUACAUGUUAUUAUAUAUGUAUUUUAUUAGUAUUAUUAUUCCUAAGUCUAUGAUGGUGACGUUUUGUAUGAUCCGACUGGAAUGCUUCACGGCAGACCACCUUUUCCUCUUCUCUAUAGACACAAGACCAACUCCAUCCUCUUCCUCCACACGUUUUGCUCUCCUCUGUAGAAUAAGUGUAGAGAGAAACUGAAUCCUUUAAGCCAUAUAAAAAAUUGCUAUUUGGGGAUUGAAGAGUGCUAGCUAGCUAUUAUCUUUAUCUGUUAAAAAUAAGCCUCCAAUCAUAAUUUAAAAUGUUGGGUGAUUUGAAUAAAUUCACUAUAAGAUAACAGUUUAUUUCCAUUUUGGUACAGUGAUAGAAACUUUAUUGGUGUAAGAGUGUGAAUUGGAGUUGAUGAUCAUUGAUUAGUAAUGUCUGGCCUGUGUCUAUAAAUUCCUGUGUGUCAAGUGAAAUGAUUGAGAUGGUGGUUGGUUCUAGAGAAUAAAGACAUGUUUUGUAAAGCUCCUGUCUGGUCUUAACUUUCCUAUAGUUGACGUUCCAAUCUCCGAACCCUCUAAACGGAGUGUUAUAUUGGCAUAGAAAAAUAUUAUCUUGUUUUAAACUUACAGGCCUAAGCAAGCACCCUGGACUAUACCAAGUAAUAUGAACAUAUUCAAUCAAGCAAACCACUAUAUAAUGUAACAGGGCAUCAUCUGGCAAAUUCCAUAAUAAAUAACAUAAUUUCACUUAUAGUACGUCUUUCACAAUACAUGAAAAUCAUUGCACAUCCUGUUGUGUUCUAAUCAAUGCACUAUGUUUUCAGAUAGUCCCGAUAUCAUCUCUGUUCCUAUUAGAUGAGUUUGCUAAUGGUGAGCCCAGCAGCAGAGGGAAAUUGGUGUCUUGCUGAAAAUGUGUUGCAUCAAUUUAGUAUUUCAAGCAAUAGGCCUAAGUGUAGCCUCAGUAUGUCAGUGUACAGCCUCUUCCAAGAGGUCUGGACUUAUUAAGCAUGGGUGGUAGUGAGCUAUCCCUGUAACAGCCGGGUUGCAAGUUGGUGCAGUUUGAGCACUUCCCCUUCAAUUGCUACACUGGCAGCAACGGUGGGAUAAUCCUCCUGUAGUCUCUCAUUCUCAUGCCUUUGAUGGAAGUGUGAGGUCUGGAACUUUAUGGCACAGAUUGCCCUGAAACGAGAAAGAUCGCUGGUUCAAACACUGUUCUAAUUACUACACAAGUAGCCUACACUGAAACUCGGAUAUACACUUAUUAUAAUUAUUCUAUAGCCUAAGUCUAUGCUGAGUAGGCUGUGCUUAUGCUGAACACAGCUAUACUGGUAUGAAACACUGUCCCUGUAGCAAUACUGGGCUCGAACGAGUGAUCCUCUACUUUGCAACACAAGUGACCACCCUCCUUGACAACGUAUCAACUGUUUGAGGUAUACAAAAGGUACCAAUUGGGUAGCUCCAUCAGCAACAUUUCAAGCUAGCUGUGGAGUGAGCUUACGGCACGUUCUUAACUCUGUUACACAAGGAGUACUGGCACCGGAAGGGGCCCGCCCUCCCUGGCUCCCCUUGAGCCUGUGUAGGGAUAUGAUAUGAUUAGGUUUUUAACAGAAAAGUAGGUUGAUUUAGUUUUAUUUUAUUGGUAGUUUGUAUGAUGUUUUGUCUUCUUCCCCACAUUGAAACUGUUUUGGACAUAUUGUUAACAUCCCGCUCAGUAGGUGGCGGCAUGCACAUUACAUUUGUGCGUGCCAGAGAAGAAGAAGAACUUCCUAUCUUUCGUUUCCUCAUAACAGACACACCCCACAGACACACUUCUCUACUGAGAAGCAGAUAGGCAAUGCUUGCAUGUUAAACUGAACUCAGCUGGGUCAGCGAUAAAAUCUCCAAGCAAACUUCUCACUACUGUUUUGCAUUAUUUAGGCUACUUUAAGUAAGUAAGUAGCUAAGUAAAUUAGGUUCUUCUUUGAACCCUAUCUGAUUUUAGGAUGACUGUAAUUGGCACAACAUUUUUGAAAGUUGUGAUAAAUGUUUGAAUAUGUUUUUACAUUGACAGCAUGUCCUUCGGUGGCUUCAUGCAACCUGUUAAGGUAGGCCUAACUGAGAUUUCUGCACCAGUUUUUGGUGGGGGUACAUCUUUCUCAGUAUUACCGUUAGUCUCUGAAAUCCCAGUGACUACAUCGGCAGGGGACGACAAAUCCAAGUCCAGGAGGAGAAUGACAAAAAACUCUGAGGAGAAUGGGAUAAACUCAUCUGGGGGUUUUGCAGGUAAGCAAAAUAACAGCAUAGACUAUCAUGAUGCUGGAGUAAUUUCAAAAUAGCGUAUUGUGUGCUGUUUAAUUGCCACUUUCCAGUAGACUAGACUUACCUAAACAUUCAUGAUGUUCACUAGUUUGCUCUUACACUAUACUCUAUCGACUCUAGGCCUGCCAGGGGCAGAACAGUGGCAAAGUAAGAUGGAGUCCCCAUGGAGGGAGGUGGCAUGGACUGAGGAGUGAGUAGGCUAUCACAUCAAUAAACUCAAACGUACCUAUGUACACCUAAUAAGGUACUAAACACAUGGGUAGACAAUGCUAUGUUUCCUACCCGGUCGGAAGACAGUGACAAACAUAACACGCAGAACCCGUUCUACGGGCAUGUGGGGGGAGGGUUCUUGAAAUGUAACAUUCAAUAAAAAUGUAGCUGCUGGAAGUUACCAGACCAUUCUAGACGUUUUGACUAAUACAAAAUUCUCCAUACCUCCAAAAGAGUCGUGACAUAACAACAGGAUUUGGAGGCAUGGCUACGUGAGAUUACAUCUGGUGUAAUCAAAAUUAAUUUAAAAUGAGCCAUGUUUACCCAGUCGCAGGGAGACCCUGAUGGAGUCUAUCAGUUCAUAUAAGCCUGGUUGUGAGGCUGUGUCUGAGGCUCGGGUUCUGCUGCUGGGGCCUGUCGGAGCCGGCAAGUCCAGCUUCAUCAGCUCUGUUCAGUCAGUCUUCACAGGAAGAGUCACUAACCGGGCCAUGGUUGGCUCUUCCUCUGCCAGCUUCACCAAAAAGGUAGAGGUAAAAAACAACAAAGUAUUUGAGUUUGUGAGAAACUGGGAGUUUUGGGGCUGGUUGAUAUAGAUAAAUUACAUGCAAAAUAAAGAUACUUGACUGGUUCAAAAUAUUGAGUUAAGUUACAAAAACUAUUAUUGUUAAUCAUUCCAUAUUGUAAACCACAUAGUAUUUCCUAACACAUAUAAUUCUGUCUAUGUCCUCUGUCUUAGCUCCAGUUGUUCAACAUUCGUGGGCGGAAUCCAAAGCAGCCUACUGCGCUGGUCCUGUGUGAUGUCAUGGGUCUGGGAGAUGGUGAGACCGCUGGACUAACCCUCCAUGACACUCUGGCUAUCAUCAAAGGCCAUGCACCCGAGGGACACAAGGUACGUGAGGGAGAACGGACACAGGUGCCACCGGUGUGUGUAAAACAGAGUGCAAGUAUUGGGAGUCAACGUUCAUAUAACUCAGAGUUUAGCAACGGGGCACAGUGUGUGCCGGUGUUUGUUCCGUUUUAGCUCUAACACACCUGAUUCAACUAAUCACAGUCUGCAAUUUAGACCACUAUUAUGAAUCAGGUGAGUUAGUGCUGGGUUGGAACAUAAGCAUGCAGGCAGCCUCACAGGACAGGAGUUGCUCACCCCUGAUAUAAAUGUCUCUGUUUGGUAGAGAAUAUUCCAAUACUCUCUCAGCUGGUUGGUUUGAAUAACCAAGCUAAUGUUCUCAUUCCCAUUCAUCCUCUACAGUUCAGUCCUGAGCAACCUGUGAGAUCGGAGACUGUGGGCUAUGUGAAGAAGCCGUCCCUUAAAGACAAGGUCCACUGUGUCGUCUUUGUGGUGGAUGCUUCUAAAGUGUCCAGCUACACCAAAGGCCUAGGCGCCACCUUCCAACAGCUCCGAGAACACAUCAGUGACCUGGGUGAGCACAAUAGGAAGUGUUUUAGCAAUGGCAGUAAUGGUUGUUGGAACUGUGGUCAAUUCUGUCAGUUGACAGUGUGUGAAACAAAUGUGUUUUGUAGGUGUGCAUCAAGUGGCACUGCUGACACACGUGGACCAGGUGUGUCAGGAAAGCUCCCGUGACAUCACCCAGGUGUACAACAGCCGGAUCGUUCAGCAGACGGUACUCUCAAUAAUACCCCUUAUUGAUGUUAGUCAGCUAUUGGAAUAUCAGCUAUUGGAACAUCUGAAAUUUAACCUCCCUGUAUGUACAGUAGUUCUAGCGCAAAUAUGCAGGGGUAGGUUUAUGUAAGGGUUGGUGUGAGGUGUGACCCAGGUGCGGUGCCGGAUAGACAGUAGGCAGUAGGCAGAGACAAGGAUCUUUACUGGUGGUACCAAAGCCAGGAUACAAAAUAACGGACUUGUUACGAUAAAAUAAAGGAGGAGCAAAUUGGUCUCCAAAAAAAGGCUGACAGCAAACAUACGAAAUACUAACUACGACUGAAACAACAAUGAAACAGGGAUAACACUUCUCAAGUACCUGUACAUACGUCUCGCGGUCAGACACUGAUUAGUACUGUUUGCCAUUGAGAAACUAUUAGAGAAAACUGAGCAAGGGAACACAGGGAAGUGAGGGCAUAAAUACACAGGUGAACAGGUAGACACAGGUGAGUAAGGAGGUGCCUAAGGUUGUCGGAGGAUGACACCUAGUGGGUCGCUCCGGAAUUGCGACCCCCCUCCUGUAACAGUGCCCCCGGAAGGCAGGUGGCGCCGAGGCAGGUGGUGAAGCCUUCCAGAACCUGGAGGCGAACUGAGGGCCCCGAUCCGACACCACAUCUUGGGGAAGGCCGUGGACCCGGAAAACGUGCUGCAACACCAAGUUAGCCGUCUCCCGGGCCGACAGGAGUUUGUGAAGGGGAAUGAAGUGGGCAGACUUCGAAAACCGGUCCACAACGACCAGGAUGACUGUGUAUCCAUCAGAGCGGGGUAGGGUGGAAAUGAAAUCCAGCGAGAUGUGGGACCAGGGGCGCUUGGGGAUAGGCAGGGGUCGGAGCACCCCUGCUGCGGGCUGAUGUGAGCUCUACGUGCGCACACACACCGGGCAAGCCGUAGCGCUGCUCUGACCAGCCUAUCGAUUCCCCAUGAAACUGGGGUAGCAAUCAGGGCGUUGGGGACAAUGGGGUCGUCCCUCUCAACCAGGUCCACGGGGUCGAACUGCCGGGAGAGCGCGUCAGGCUUGGUGUUCUUCGACCCCGGACGGUAUGAGAUCGUGAACCGGAACCUGGUGAAGAACAAUGCCCACCUGGCCUGGCGCGAGUUGAGCCUCUUGGCCCCCUGAAUGUAGACUAAGUUCUUAUGGUCAGUCCAUACGACAAAUGGAUGGGCGGCCCCCUCUAGCCAAUGCCUCCACUCCCCCAGGGCGAGCUUGACCGCUAGCAGCUCACGGUUCCCCACGUCGUAAUUCAGCGUCGCCGGGGACAGCCGACGGGAGUAAAACGUGCAGGUGUGAGUCUUACCGUCCGUGAGGAACCGCUGGGACAGGAUUGCUCCCACCGCAACGUCUGAAGCAUCCACCUCCACAAUGAACGGCAGGGACGUAUCAGGAUGACCUAGGACAGGGGCUGAUGUAAAGCGCUGCAUAAGCGCAUUAAAUGCGUUCCCCGCUUCCGGGGUCCAGGUGAAGGAGCGCACGCUCGUCUGGGUGAUGGCUGUCAGGGGAGCGGCUAGGGAGAUAAAAUUGCAAAUCAAUCGGCUAUAAAAAUUAGCAAACCCUAAAAAACUUUGUAGUUGCUUGAGGGAGGAGGGCUGGGGCCAAUCCAGUACUGCGCUGACCUUGGCUGGGCCCAUCCGUAAGUCCCCCUGAGUGACGAUGAACCCCAGGAUGGAGACUGUCUCUGUGUGGAACAUGCACUUCUCCGCCUUGACGUAGAGCUGGUGACGGAGAAGGUGUUGGAGGACCUGCCGAACGUGCUGCUGGUGUUCACUCAUGUCUUUUGAAAAUAUUAGGAUGUCAUCCAAAUAUAUACGAAGACGCUGUAGUCGAGGAGGUCCCGGAGCACGUCAUUGACCAAUGCCUGGAACACCGCAGGCGCAUUGGCUAGACCGAACGGCAUGACUUGGUACUCGUAAUGCCCACUGGGUGUGUUAAACGCGUCUUCCACUUGUCCCCCUCCCAAGUCCUCACCAGGUUGUAGGCAUUUCGUAAGUCCAGCUUGGUGAAGACCCGGGCUCCCUGCAAUGACUCGAAUGCCGUCGUCAUCAGGGGGAGAGGUUAGAGGUUCUUAACCGUGAUGUCGUUGAGCGCCCGGUAAUCAAUGCACGGCCGCUGCCCACCGUUCUUUUUCCCCCGAAGUAGAAGCCCGCGCCCGCAGGUGAGGUAGAGGGACGGAUGUGACCCUCGACGAGUGCCUCGUCGAUACACUCCCUCAUGGCCAGCGUCUCCGGCCGGGACAAGGAAAACAAUCGCCCUCGUGUGGGCAUGGCGCCCGGCAGGAGAUCGAUAGUGCAGUCGUAUGGCCUGUGAGGAGGUAGGAACUGGCUCAGAGAGGGAGGGUAACGGAACGCUCCACCCUUGGGCCAGCGUCGCGUCCAUCACGUUGCCCGCGGCCCCCGAAUCCACCAAUGCAUGUGCCCGACGCGCAUUGCGCACCGCGGGCCCACUGAACCCUGACGGGGAGAAAAGUCAGGGAGUCUCUGGAGUUGGGGUCCCGUUUCCUGGCUUCUCCGGGCAUGAAUCGUAGUGGUGACCUGCCUGGUCGCAGUACAGGCAACGUCCCUGGCGCAGACGCCUCUGCUUCUCCAUCCUGGACAAGCGCGCCUUGCGUCAUUCCUCUCUCGUGCGCCUUCUCACGACGCUGAUUGUCUACCCGCACCGAGAGGUCGAUUAGGCCAUCCAGUUGCUCAGGCAGCUCCCUGAAGGAGAGUCCUUCAUCCCCUCCGAUAGCCCCUGCGCGUAAAGGACGACCAAGACAGCCUCCUCCAUCCUGCCUUUCGAGCCCGGGUCCGGACCUCCAUGGAGUAGUCUGCCACCGAACGGUCACCCACCCGAAAGGCCGUGAGCCGCCUCCCGACCUCGUGCCCCAACACCACCCGAGAGGUGUCGAACACCUUGCAUAGCUCUCAGGUGAAUUGGUAGGAGUCGGAGCAAGCCAGAGUUUGGCUCUCCCACUACGCGGUAGCCCAGGAAAGGGCCCGACCCGUCAACAGAGUGAUAAUGUAGGCCACCCGGCCCUGCUCCGUCGGGAAGGAGGAGGGUUGUAGGCUGAAUACCAGGGAACACUGGGUGAGGAAUUCCCUGCAGCCCUCUGGACGUCCGUCGUACCUCUCCGGAGGUGGUAGGCGGGGUUCCCGCGAUGUCGCAGGCGAGACUGGAGACGCCGCUGCCGCGGCUUCCGCUCUGCUGGCUGCCGGGGCUGGUCGGGUGUCCACCCGGCUCAGCACGGCAAUCGUCAGCAGGCGGAGAUUCUCGUGAUCUGCUGCAGGGUGCGGUCGUGCUGGUUCAGCAUAGCUCCCUGCGUUGCCAAUGCGCUAUGAUACUGUGCUGCCUCUGCUGGGUCCAUAUUGGCUCAGUUUUCUGUAAGGGUUGGUGUGAAGUGUGACCCAGGUGCGGUGCCGGAGAGACAGUAGGCAGUAGGCAGAGACAAGGAUCUUUACUGGUGGGUCCAAAGCCAGGAUACAAAAUAACGGACUUGUCAAAAUAAAAUAAAGGAGGAGCAAAUUGGUCUCCAAAAACAGGCUGACAGCAAACAUACGAAAUACUAACUACGACUGAAACAACAAUGAAACAGGGAUAACAUUUCUCAAGUACCUGUACAUACGUCUCGCGGUCAGACACUGAUUAGUACUGCUUGGCAUCGAGAAACUAGCAGAGAAAACUGAGCAAGGGAACACAGGGAAGUGAGGGCAUAAAUACACAGGUGAACAGGUAGACACAGGUGACACCAAUAGGAUAAUGAUUAAUCCAGACUGUGAGUGAGGAGGUGCCUAAGGUUGUCGGAGGAUGAACUGCAACCCCCUCCUGUAACAGGUUUAGGGCUAGGGUUACAAUUACGGUUAGGAUUAGUGUCAGGGUUAGGGUUACGUUAAAGGUUAGGGAAAAUAGGAUUUUGAAUAGGAAUCAAUUGUUUGGUCCUCACAAGUAUAGUAAAACAAAUGUGUGUGUGUGUGUGUGUGUGUGUGUGUGUGUGUGUGUGUGUGUGUGUAGAUUAAUAAGGCGGGGGCUCUGCUUGGCAUGUCCACCUCCUACAUCGUCCCGGUGAAGAACUACUCGUCUGAGCUGGACGUUGAUGAGAACACAGACAUCCUUCUGCUCAGUGCUGUGGACCACAUCCUGCAGUAUGUGGAUCUGCACUUCCAGGACUGUGCAGCAACAAUGCCUAACCUGUCUCUUUAAAAAGGCUGUGAAAUGCUGUGUAAUAUAAAAAUGUAUAACAUAUGUUUAUCAUGUUUUAUAACUUGCUUACCUUAUUGUUAACUUGUUAACAGAUGUCUUGCUUUGAGUAAAACAAAUGUGUAAGAGCCAUUUUGAACUGUGUAUAUGUUGUCUGUCUAAGGAUUUCUUAACCUGUUUUGUACACUAGGGGCACUCUCACAUGGGGUUAUGGGUCACUGGCCACAUGUAUAUAGGUACAACGUGUUAGCUUAGCACAGGUGAGCAAGUAUGGUUAGCUGCAGCCCAAUAUGGUGACCGGAGUAUGGGCGAGUGGGUGUGUCAAAAAGAGUGGGUGUAUGGAAAGCGAAUCAGCUAAUUGGGCAGAUUUGUUUUCACUCAAGACCGUUUUGCAUGACUAAUUUGACUACACGACCAGUUGAUAAACCGGCAACGGCAACCAGUGCACCGGGUGUUGAAUCAUUGUGCCUGCCGACUUGAUGUGCUUCCUACUUCGUGUCAAGGUUGUGUCGCUAACGUGACCAUUUCUUUCUCUCACAUUAUUUUAUUUCAAGUAGCAUAGCAACUUACACAAGAAAUAACUAAUAUUGAUAACCAUCUAGAUGUCACCUUGAUUCAUACAUACAGUCUACUACUCAAUGGGGAGGGCAUGAACGGCAACAACAAGGGUAGAGUGACGUUCGCUCCCGCUUGACAAUUACUACUGUCUGGCAACAGCGUGGGAAGUAGCUACCUAGUAGCCAAUAUCAGGGUGACAGCUGUACAUUCAUUCCAUGCAUGAAGUACACCCAUCAUCAAUACUUUUAAUUUAAAAAAAACAAUCAUCAGUUUUAUAACUGAAAAUGUACCAUUAUUUUUUGUGUGUAAAACUGACAGUGAAAAAUGACUCAGACUCAUCCUCUGGCUAAAAAACAAAGUCCAAACUCUCACUGUAUGGUAGGUCAAUGUAAGGUGGUUGCAAGGUAAGAAAUGGAAGAAGAAAAAUACACAGCUCAAUGAAAAUAGUCUAACCCACGUGUCAAACUCAUUCCACGGACGGCCGAGUGUCUGCUGGUUUUCGCUCCUCCUUUGUACUUGAUUGAUGAAUGAAGGUCACUAAUUAUUAAAGAACUCCCCUCACCUGGUUGUCUACGUCUUAUUUGAAAGUUAAAACCAAAAACCCGCAGACACUAGGCCCUUCAUGGAAUGAGUUUGACACCCCUGGUCCAUCCUAUAGCAGAGUGCUUUCGACUCACCAACUCCUUUCCACACGCCCACUCCUUUCCACACGCCCAUUAUUUUCUUUCAACAUACCCACUCGCCCAUACCCCGGUCGCCAUUUUGGGAUGCAUCUACUCGCUUCUCCAGGUGAGGGACCCGUUCAACGGGGACAGGGUCACUCUUCCUGUCUACGGUGGCCCAUAAGGCCUUUCUGGAGAUAAACGAGGAAGCCACCACUGGCAUGGUGACCCUAGAGAUCCUAGUAAAUUUACAUUGUAGUCAUUUAGCCGACGCUCUUAUCCAGAGCGACUUACAGUUAGUGCAUUCAUCUUAAGAUAGCUAGGUGGGACAACCACAUAUCACAUAUCCUCAAUAAAGUAGCUAUCAGCAAAGUCAGAGCUAGUAAGGGGGGGAAGCCAAUUGCGAGUGUUGGUUCACGAAAUACAUGUUAUUAUAUAUGUAUUUUAUUAGUAUUAUUAUUCCUAAGUCUAUGAUGGUGACGUUUUGUAUGAUCCGACUGGAAUGCUUCACGGCAGACCACCUUUUCCUCUUCUCUAUAGACACAAGACCAACUCCAUCCUCUUCCUCCACACGUUUUGCUCUCCUCUGUAGAAUAAGUGUAGAGAGAAACUGAAUCCUUUAAGCCAUAUAAAAAAUUGCUAUUUGGGGAUUGAAGAGUGCUAGCUAGCUAUUAUCUUUAUCUGUUAAAAAUAAGCCUCCAAUCAUAAUUUAAAAUGUUGGGUGAUUUGAAUAAAUUCACUAUAAGAUAACAGUUUAUUUCCAUUUUGGUACAGUGAUAGAAACUUUAUUGGUGUAAGAGUGUGAAUUGGAGUUGAUGAUCAUUGAUUAGUAAUGUCUGGCCUGUGUCUAUAAAUUCCUGUGUGUCAAGUGAAAUGAUUGAGAUGGUGGUUGGUUCUAGAGAAUAAAGACAUGUUUUGUAAAGCUCCUGUCUGGUCUUAACUUUCCUAUAGUUGACGUUCCAAUCUCCGAACCCUCUAAACGGAGUGUUAUAUUGGCAUAGAAAAAUAUUAUCUUGUUUUAAACUUACAGGCCUAAGCAAGCACCCUGGACUAUACCAAGUAAUAUGAACAUAUUCAAUCAAGCAAACCACUAUAUAAUGUAACAGGGCAUCAUCUGGCAAAUUCCAUAAUAAAUAACAUAAUUUCACUUAUAGUACGUCUUUCACAAUACAUGAAAAUCAUUGCACAUCCUGUUGUGUUCUAAUCAAUGCACUAUGUUUUCAGAUAGUCCCGAUAUCAUCUCUGUUCCUAUUAGAUGAGUUUGCUAAUGGUGAGCCCAGCAGCAGAGGGAAAUAGGUGUCUUGCUGAAAAUGUGUUGCAUCAAUUUAGUAUUUCAAUCAAUAGGCCUAAGUGUAGCCUCAGUAUGUCAGUGUACAGCCUCUUCCAAGAGGUCUGGACUUAUUAAGCAUGGGUGGUAGUGAGCUAUCCCUGUAACAGCCGGGUUGCAAGUUGGUGCAGUUUGAGCACUUCCCCUUCAAUUGCUACACUGGCAGCAACGGUGGGAUAAUCCUCCUGUAGUCUCUCAUUCUCAUGCCUUUGAUGGAAGUGUGAGGUCUGGAACUUUAUGGCACAGAUUGCCCUGAAACGAGAAAGAUCGCUGGUUCAAACACUGUUCUAAUUACUACACAAGUAGCCUACACUGAAACUCGGAUAUACACUUAUUAUAAUUAUUCUAUAGCCUAAGUCUAUGCUGAGUAGGCUGUGCUUAUGCUGAACACAGCUAUACUGGUAUGAAACACUGUCCCUGUAGCAAUACUGGGCUCGAACGAGUGAUCCUCUACUUUGCAACACAAGUGACCACCCUCCUUGACAACGUAUCAACUGUUUGAGGUAUACAAAAGGUACCAAUUGGGUAGCUCCAUCAGCAACAUUUCAAGCUAGCUGUGGAGUGAGCUUACGGCACGUUCUUAACUCUGUUACACAAGGAGUACUGGCACCGGAAGGGGCCCGCCCUCCCUGGCUCCCCUUGAGCCUGUGUAGGGAUAUGAUAUGAUUAGGUUUUUAACAGAAAAGUAGGUUGAUUUAGUUUUAUUUUAUUGGUAGUUUGUAUGAUGUUUUGUCUUCUUCCCCACAUUGAAACUGUUUUGGACAUAUUGUUAACAUCCCGCUCAGUAGGUGGCGGCAUGCACAUUACAUUUGUGCGUGCCAGAGAAGAAGAAGAACUUCCUAUCUUUCGUUUCCUCAUAACAGACACACUUCUCUACUGAGAAGCAGAUAGGCAAUGCUUGCAUGUUAAACUGAACUCAGCUGGGUCAGCGAUAAAAUCUCCAAGCAAACUUCUCACUACUGUUUUGCAUUAUUUAGGCUACUUUAAGUAAGUAAGUAGCUAAGUAAAUUAGGUUCUUCUUUGAACCCUAUCUGAUUUUAGGAUGACUGUAAUUGGCACAACAUUUUUGAAAGUUGUGAUAAAUGUUUGAAUAUGUUUUUACAUUGACAGCAUGUCCUUCGGUGGCUUCAUGCAACCUGUUAAGGUAGGCCUAACUGAGAUUUCUGCACCAGUUUUUGGUGGGGGUACAUCUUUCUCAGUAUUACCGUUAGCCUCUGAAAUCCCAGUGACUACAUCGGCAGGGGACGACAAAUCCAAGUCCAGGAGGAGAAUGACAAAAAACUCUGAGGAGAAUGGGAUAAACUCAUCUGGGGGUUUUGCAGGUAAGCAAAAUAACAGCAUAGACUAUCAUGAUGCCGGAGUAAUUUCAAAAUAGCGUAUUGUGUGCUGUUUAAUUGCCACUUUCCAGUAGACUAGACUUACCUAAACAUUCAUGAUGUUCACUAGUUUGCUCUUACACUAUACUCUAUCGACUCUAGGCCUGCCAGGGGCAGAACAGUGGCAAAGUAAGAUGGAGUCCCCAUGGAGGGAGGUGGCAUGGACUGAGGAGUGAGUAGGCUAUCACACCAAUAAACUCAAACGUACCUAUGUACACCUAAUAAGGUACUAAACACAUGGGUAGACAAUGCUAUGUUUCCUACCCGGUCGGAAGACAGUGACAAACAUAACACGCAGAACCCGUUCUACGGGCAUGUGGGGGGAGGGUUCUUGAAAUGUAACAUUCAAUAAAAAUGUAGCUGCUGGAAGUUACCAGACCAUUCUAGACGUUUUGACUAAUACAAAAUUCUCCAUACCUCCAAAAGAGUCGUGACAUAACAACAGGAUUUGGAGGCAUGGCUACGUGAGACUACAUCUGGUGUAAUCAAAAUUAAUUUAAAAUGAGCCAUGUUUACCCAGUCGCAGGGAGACCCUGAUGGAGUCUAUCAGUUCAUAUAAGCCUGGUUGUGAGGCUGUGUCUGAGGCUCGGGUUCUGCUGCUGGGGCCUGUCGGAGCCGGCAAGUCCAGCUUCAUCAGCUCUGUUCAGUCAGUCUUCACAGGAAGAGUCACUAACCGGGCCAUGGUUGGCUCUUCCUCUGCCAGCUUCACCAAAAAGGUAGAGGUAAAAAACAACAAAGUAUUUGAGUUUGUGAGAAACUGGGAGUUUUGGGGCUGGUUGAUAUAGAUAAAUUACAUGCAAAAUAAAGAUACUUGACUGGUUCAAAAUAUUGAGUUAAGUUACAAAAACUAUUAUUGUUAAUCAUUCCAUAUUGUAAACCACAUAGUAUUUCCUAACACAUAUAAUUCUGUCUAUGUCCUCUGUCUUAGCUCCAGUUGUUCAACAUUCGUGGGCGGAAUCCAAAGCAGCCUACUGCGCUGGUCCUGUGUGAUGUCAUGGGUCUGGGAGAUGGGGAGACUGGACUAACCCUCCAUGAUACUCUGGCUAUCAUCAAAGGCCAUGCACCCGAGGGACACAAGGUACGUGAGGGAGAACGGACACAGGUGCCACCGGUGUGUGUAAAACAGAGUGCAAGUAUUGGGAGGCAACGUUCAUAUAACUCAGAGUUUAGCAACGGGGCACAGUGUGUGCCGGUUUUUGUUCCAGUUUAACUCUUAACACGCCUGAUUCAACUAAUCACAGUCUGUAAUUUAGACCACUAUUAUGAAUCAGGUGAGUUAGUGCUGGGUUGGAACAUAACCAUGCAGGCAGCCUCACAGGACAGGGGCUGCUCACCCCUGAUAUAAAUGUCUCUGUUUGGUAGAGAAUAUUCUAAUACUCUCUCAGCUGGUUGGUUUGAAUAACCAAGCUAAUGUUCUCAUUCCCAUUCAUCCUCUACAGUUCAGUCCUGAGCGGCCUGUGAGAUCGGAGACUGUGGGCUAUGUGAAGAAGCCGUCCCUUAAAGACAAGGUCCACUGUGUCGUCUUUGUGGUGGAUGCUUCUAAAGUGUCCAGCUACACCAAAGGCCUAGGCGCCACCUUCCAACAGCUCCGAGAACACAUCAGUGACCUGGGUGAGCACAAUAGGAAGCGUUUUAGCAAUGGCAGUAAUGGUUGUUGGAACUGUGGUCAAUUCUGUCAGUUGACAGUGUGUGAAACAAAUGUGUUUUGUAGGUGUGCAUCAAGUGGCACUGCUGACACACGUGGACCAGGUGUGUCAGGAAACCGCCCGUGACAUCACCCAGGUGUACAACAGCCGGAUCGUUCAGCAGACGGUACUCUCAAUAAUACCCCUUAUUGAUGUUAGUCAGCAAUUGGAAUAUCAGCUAUUGGAACAUCUGAAAUGUACAGUAGUUCUACUGUGAACAUCCUUGACUGACUUGUGUGUGUUUGGUUUUACUGUCAUGGUGGGGACCAGAAGUCUUCACAAGGAUAGUAAAACAAGGAAAAUGCAGACAAGUGGGGACAUUUUGACGGUCCCCAGAGGGAAAAAGGCUUUUUUAAGCUCAGGGUUUAGGUUUAAGGGUUACAAUUAGGGUAAGGGUUAGAAUCAGGUUUAGGGGUUAGGUUUAGAUUUAGGGUUAGGGUUACUUUUAGGGUUAGGAAUAGUAUCAGGGUUAGGUUAAGGGUUAGGUGUUAGGGAAAAUAUGGUCCCCCCAAUUAUUUGGUCCCCUCAAGUAUAGUAAAACAAACUUGUGUGUGUAGAUGACCAAGGCUGGGGCUCUGCUUGGCAUGUCCACCUCCUACAUCGUCCCGGUGAAGAACUACUCGUCUGAGCUGGACAUUGAUGAGAACACAGACAUCCUUCUGCUCAGUGCUGUGGACCACAUCCUGCAGUAUGUGGAUCUGUACUUCCAGGACUGUGCAGCAACAGAGCCUAACCUGUCUCAUUAAAAAGGCUGUGAAAUGCUGUGUAAUAUAAAAAUGUAUAACAUAUGUUUAUCAUGUUUUAUAACUUGCUUACCUUAUUGUUAACUUGUUAACAGAUGUCUUGCUUUGAGUAAAACGAAUGUGUAAGAGCCAUUUUGAACUGUGUAUAUGUUGUCUGUCUAAGGAUGUCUUAACCUGUUUUGUACACUAGGGGCACUCACAUGGGGUUAUGGGUCACUGGCCACAUGUAUAUAGGUACAACGUGUUAGCUUAGCACAGGUGAGCAAGUAUGGUUAGCUGCAGCCCAAUAUGGUGACCGGAGUAUGGGCGAGUGGGUGUGUCAAAAAGAGUGGGUGUAUGGAAAGCGAAUCAGCUAAUUGGGCA